AUGUCAGAAUUAUCUUUGUUACUGAUUGAAAUUUUCAUGAUGAUAUGUGAAAAAUAUCUUUACAAAUAUUCAUAUGAUCUUUUUAAUCUCAUGAUGACAAACAGAAAAAAUUGUAAUUUGAUCAUACCGGUAUUAUAUAAAUUUAUGAAACAUAAUCUUAAAACUGUUGAAUGUUAUUUGAAAUUAUUAUAUAAAGAAUUACCAGAAAAUGAUCAAAAUUACAUCGAUAUGUAUGUUUCAGAAAAAGAAUAUGAAUUUGAUGAUGAUCAUGUUGAGGUUAAAAAAUUGGUUUGGAAUAAAGGAAAAAAUAUGUUUAAUUAUUCUUCAAUGAUAAAGUUAAUUGACGCUUAUCAUAUUUUCUAA